AUGGGGUUGAUGACUCAGCGACUCUUUGGCCCCGGGCUAGUUGACUUAGUUACAAGACUGCCAUCUGACUUGAUCACAAGCAUAUCCACCUUGGCAUCCACUCUCACAUCAUGGUGGAUUCUAUGGAAUCUGCAAGUUCCGAGUCUCGAGUGCGCAAGUUUACCAAAUCCUGCUCUCGGUGCAGAGCAUCAAAGCUCAAAUGCGACAGGAAAGAACCAUGUAUCGAAUGCACGAAACGUGAUAUUGGCCAUCUGUGUACUAAAGAUGAGCGUCAUCCAAGAGCAAAAAGGGCGAGAAUGGGCUCAAGUCAUGAAGAGUAUGAUGGGUCCAGCUGGUGGCAAUUUUACACUGUUGACUCGUAUCAGGACUCGAUCAAAAUCCCCCAUGUCAGAUGCGAUAGUUGCAGACGAAACUGCACAGAUUUUGGAGGAUUUCGUCGAGGGCUCAUCUCGGACCAAUAUGUUGUCUUCCUCUGGAUCAACCUCAUCUACACCGGCUCCCGAUUACCCUAACUUUUACUGGGAGACUGCAGAGUCUGGGAUGCAAAAUGAAAGAUUUUCGUUGAUAGAAGAGAUCACUAAUGCAUUCCCGGACUCGGAAAUGGCUCAUCAUCUCUAUGGGAUUUUUGUCACUCGCUGUCAGGGCCCUUUGGGUAAUAUCUUUCACACGCCCACAUUCCUGAAGCAUGCUGGCAGAAUUUGUGAAAGUAUUCACUCUGCAUCGUUCGAUUUAAACAUCGUAGCCAGUUCUUUCUCAAUGGAAAGUCUGGCUUGCUUUCUCAUGGCGCUUGUGCUCGGUCUCGCUUUUCAUCCCAAACCAAAUAUCCUCGGUUGGUCCUCCACAGGUAUGAGCGAGCGUGUAGAGGUUCUUCGGUCCUCAAGUCUCUAUUUGUCGACAUGGAGAACACUUGCAUUGCGUUGUCUGCGAGGGCGAAUUGGAGUAUUUUGUGCCUCGAUGGCUAGCUUACAAGCAGCCCUCAUGCUUCUACUAGAUGGGCAAAAUGAUAGUUUGGAGCUUGACUCUCUUCUGGUCACUGCAAUUUCGGGUGCUCAGAAGUUACACUUGCAUCGGUUGGGAGACGUGAAACUGGAUCCAUUAAAGACCUCUCCAGGUGAUGUUGAUAUGCCUUCGCACAUACGAACAGAACUCGGCAUCCGCAUCUGGUGGGCCUUCGUACUGCGAGAUUGGUGCCGGGGACACGUGCUGGGAUACUAUACUAUCCACCCGUCGCAGUUUAGCACCCGCAAACCCCUGCAUAUUAAUGACGAGGACCUUCGCCCAGAGGAAUCCGAGAAUCACGGAUCCAUUACCGAACGACCUCGAUCAGAAUUCACUAUGCUCUCUUAUACGAUAUAUGCCAUCGAAAUCGCUGGUUUGGUACGAGAGUCCGUUGACCUUCGCAAUCCUUCGUCUCAAGCACCGCAGGAGAAGACCGAGGCUACUAAAUUGAUGAAUGAGCUCAACAAGAAAUACGAAAAGCUUCUGAUUGCACUACCAUCUCACUUUAGACCCGGAAGCACAGUUGGCCUCACGUCAACAGGUCCCUUGGCAGCGGUACCAGUGCAGCAAUGGAUGUUACAGCAACAACUCUGGAGUUUAUUUCUUCGGCUUUACCGGGGGAAAAUGUCUAGCACAAGUCGUGCUACUUGUCAAAUCCUCGCACAGAAUAUCAUUAGCACCAGCACCCAAAUCCAGGCACGGUGCUCUGUCUGUGGCACCUUGUCGAUAAACGACAUUCAACUUUUCAAUGCUGCUGCUGCGCUUCUCAUUAAUCUGCUCUACACCAAGUCUGAAAAUCCAGAUGGGUUAGAGGGUGAUCUGAGUCGGAUAAUGAUCAAAGACAAGAUCAACGAGGCCAUUGAAAUACUGAAACUGAGAUCUGAUCCCGGAAAAUCCCAAACUCUGACACCACGAAACAUCUAUGUUUUAGAAUCCUUGAUGAACUUUGUCGAGGGUGUCAGUAGUCCUGAAGAUAGGCAUUGGGAAACGAAGGAGCUCAUCAAAGACAAGAAAACACAUGUGAUUCGUCUUCUAUCUACUUACCUGGAGGGCAACAAGUCAACCUACCCAGAGCAUGAUUCGGACUUCGCCAGCUCUACCAACACCUUUAUGUCUCUUUCAAAUACGCCAGCUGAUAUUUUUGGUGACUUGGAUGUCCUUCCCAUGCUCUCCGAUGAGACUGACUACGAUUUAUGGCAGUUUUUGGAUUUUACUCCCGAUUUACAAUCACCAGUUGUCCAAUAA